AUGCGUUUCACCAUCCUCACCACCCUCGCCUUUGUCGGCAUUUCCAUGGCUGCUACUAUCCAAUCCGGAGGAGCAUGCAAGAAGGAUGGAAGCAUGGGAAAUUGCGCUUCCAACCUCUGUGUUCAACUGGAGAACGAGUCUACUGGAAAGUGCAAAUAA